UUCCCUUUGAGUGUAUUAUAAUUUUGUGAUAAAAAUUUCAAGGAAAAAACACACACAACCUCCUUCCUCCCUUCCUUCAGGGAGGGAAGAGAGUUUUGAGCGGAGAGAAAAAUCUAUCCGAGACAGAACAGGGACAGUGAGAAAAAAUAUAUGAGUGGGAGAGGGAGAAGGAGGAGGAGGAGAAGGAGGGGGGGAGCAAAUUAAAAGUUGCCAAAUGGAGAUAUUGGGUUUCAAGAGGAGUGAGACAGGAGUAAAGGGUUUGCCUCUUUGAGUCGUCUUUAUGUUGUGCUAAUCGGGAUAACUAUGUAUGGCUCGACACGGGUUUAGUCCUCUGGCACUUUCGAUGAAAUCCACCCGUCGUUUUCCAAAAUAGGCGUCGUCGACACCGCGGCUAGCUAACCAGAACAGGCCGGUUGUUUAUCGGUAAAAACAAAAUUGUUGCGGAGCGUCCAGGCUUCGUGGAGCUACCCGACCAGAAAUACGGAGCUGCGACAGAACCCCCCGAUUGAAACGCGUCCGGUUCCGUUGUAUCGAUAUACUAAAUGUGACGUGUUUUCAUGCUGGCAGUUGAGCCCCAUGGAGGACAAAUGAAAGCCUCCCCAACAGAGAAAGAAGGAGCACGUCAGCGACGACCUGCCGGGCGUUUUUGUGCUGCUUCAAUGCGAUUAUCAUACUGUCCGUUCAGUCUAUUUUGGGAUAUUAAAACUUAGGAGCUGUACAUUAGCUGGUUUACUUAAACCAAACGGCACCAGUAGCGGGACUACGGCGGAGACUAACCGUAGCUUGGUCUGCGUCGAAGCACGCAUGCUAGGGCGGACUUUGAGCUAAAACUUAAACUGUUAAAAUUGAACGGGAAGGGUGUCUGAAUUUUGACAACCCCGAACACAAAUGGGCGAUGAAUCUUCAAAUCCAGUGUUUUGGAGCUACUUUAAACGCCAUUUUUUUUUUCUGUCGGCAUAGGCACUUAAGCCCUGUCGUCUUUAUGGAAAUGUAACCAACGUUUGAAUUUUAGUAACAUUCGUAACUUGUUGGGAUGACACUUGGAUUAUUUUAGAGAACAGACUAUUAGUCGCAUUUUACAUAAACAGUCCACAUAUAUAGCAUAGCUUACAUACAUAGCAUUUUUGCGUGAAAUACAAUAACAGUUAAUAGUUUGGAAAGGUCGACGUUGCUUCCUCUCACAUUUCGUUGCAUUGUUUCUAAUGUUUGCGGUACUAAAGCGCCUCACUGCCUUUGGUAGCAUAGUCAUCUAAUUUUACGAGAAAAGGAAGUCCAUUCAGUGUGGCUAUUAAAUAAACGACAAUAUCCUGUAAUAAAACGACCGUUUGGCAGGUUUCUUGGCACGUUUAAAUCGUAGUGUGGUUAGUUUACAGAGCCUAUUUUGUCCUGAAGCCAUGUCGUUCUUUGUUCUCUCUGAAACCAAAGAUGGACGCUGAACGUGGCUCUGGUGUAAAGACAGCCUAUGGCAGGCCCAGGAAACAAAGGGUGUUAAAUGACUGAACCCAUGCUUCCUGCUGGAAAAUCUGUGUCAUGGAUGAUGAGGAUGAUCGUCAUCUUCUGGAUAUUUUAGGAGAUGUGGAUGCGUUGAAUGACUAUCUCCAUGGCAGCAACAGCAAGUCUAUUGAGGAGGACGAUGUGAAUAACGCAGCUUUUGGGUCGGAUGCAUCCUUCUUUUCUAGUGACACGGUCGGCUCAAACUCUGGCCUCAAGGAUGGCUCUUCUACAAUGGGGGAAUUCGGCGACGAUUCAACAGGGGCCGGCCUCCAGCUCUCCAGCAGCCUUUCAUUUAUCGAGGAUGAUUUGGGGUCCGGGGACUCCCCCGGAGGGGUGGAUCUCGGGGGAGAGGACCAGCCCUUUGACAUCCUACAGAAGUCUCUCAUGGAGGCCGACAUCACGGAGCAGACAUUGGCCCAGGAGGCCUUGCUGGACUCCCAGCCCGCUCCCACUCUGGUGCAGGCUCCCGUCCCCUUCCCCUCCCAGCUGGUCUCUGGGGGUUAUGGGGGGGGUGUGGGUGUGGUAACCACUGCGACAGCUGCGUUCCCCACGGGCCAGUUCCUGCAAGGGGUCUCCCAGCUGCCCAACGGCUCCGCCCAGCACAUCCAGGUGUUGGGGUCCUUCGGGGCGGGUGCUGGUGUGAUGACUCUCAGCAGCUUGGAGAGAACCCCUCAGCUUGUGCUGAGGCCGGGGGCGCCUGUAGCCGCAACAGGGGGGCAAGUGUUUGCUCCGACCCAAGGGCAGCUAGGCCAAGUGGGCUUACCUUUCAAAAACAUCCCCCUUCAAAACAUCAUCAUCCAGAGAGGCCCGGGAGGGACCCAGACUCUCGUCAGACCUAUCCAGCCCAAACCCCUCCAACCCGGGGCUCAGACUGUCUACAGCCUCGGUCUCCAGCCCACUGCCACCACCAUGGCUAAUGUAGUUAACGCUAACACCGCUUCCCCCGGGGGACAGUACACAGCCAAUGGCUCCAUAGUCGAGCAGCAACAAGCACAUGCCCAGACAAAUAUACCACCGGGACAGUUCUUGCUCCACAACGGCCCCGCUGACCCCAACUCCAACGCCCUGAUCACCAGUCAGAACGCGGUGCAGCUCGUUGCAGGGCAGAACUUCACUGCGCCGCAGGGAGGCCAGCUCAUUUUGAAUCAGGGAGUAGUCAGCAGGAGUCAGGUCGGAGGGGCUGUCACUCAAACAUGGACUGGAGUUUCUUGUGCGAACCCCGCCCCCAUUCAGACGUCGUGCGCUCCCGGCCGCCUGACUCUGGUGGGCCCAGCGACGGCGGGGAUCGGCGGUCAAGGCCAAGUGUCGGCUAGCCCCGUUCAGCGCCUCCUAGUGACUCAAACUCAGAAUUGCACUUCUCUGUCCCCUUUAGCUGGUACUGUGACGCAGGAGCAAGACUACAGACAGAAUUCUUCAUCUCCUGCCCUGACACAGGCGCAGCUCAGCAGCAUACAUGCCAUGACAACCAUGACUCAAGAUUCAAAGCUCAACUCUCAGGUCAGUGCUCAGAAGAGACCUGCCCUUCCGCCACUUACAAGAGGAGAAAUGAUUUUACUACAGUUGAGGAAGGAUCAUGCUGGAGUUCAGACCCUAGAUCCGCGUCGAUUCAAUUCAAUCGACGACGCCCUGCAGAGACUCCUCCCGUACCACGUGUUCCAGGGGGCUCCACCCAGCCAGGAGGAGUUCUCACAGGUGGAUGACGAAUUUGAGGUGGUUGCAACCCAAGUGCUGAUGAGGACCCAUGUCAUGGUGAACAAAUACAGACGGCUGCUAAUGGUGGAAGCUGAGCGUUCCAGUCCGUCAUCAGAAAUGGUGAUGAUUGACAGGACCUUCAACCAAGAGGAGCGCAGCAACCUGACACAAGACAAACGCAUGAUACUAGUGGAUCCAGACACCUUCUUCGAAGACUUCUGCUGCGGGAUGAAAUCCAAACUUUCCCAAGAUCCCGCCCCCUCUCAGUCGUCGUCCAGCUGUAGCUGGAAUCAGUCGGACAGAGGCUCUGCGGAGCCGCCGUACAGGACAGACUCCCAGCCCGGGUAUGGAGACCCGGGAGGGGGUGGAGCUGUAGGACCAGGUGCCGCAGAAAGACUCCACCCUCCGCUCUUAGAAAACAAGAGCGUCCUGGAACUGAAGAGAUCCCAGCAACACUACGGGCCAAGCAACGACAGCAACAACAGCCCCCUCGCUGCCAACAGUCACCCCCAAGGUAGCCUCUCAACCUUUGCAGCAAGAGGACAGACCAACCACCAGGUCUCUCACCACCCGAUCCCGCCCCAGUACCCCGCUCAGCUCACCUCACCCCCUCAUGGGGACACAGACUCUGCUCUAGAGGCGGCAGUCAACAGCAUCUUGGAAUGUUAAGACUGAUAUCAUCCCUCGUUUUGACUUCUUUUGUGUGCGUGUGAACGUUUUGUUUUUGUCAAACUCCCCCGUCGUAAUAUUUGUUGUAUCCCCCCCCCCCCAUUCCCUGUGUGAAGAGAGGUUAACUCUUCUUUCAGGUCUAUUAUCUUUGUGACACCAUCUCCGGCCAUGUAGCAUGUAUUCAGUUUUUAUUUUAGGUAUGAAGUAGGAGUCAGAGACUCCAGGUGAAUGCAGCCACUCAAGAUUACCUAUAAAGAUCCGGGAAUGUGUGCAAUGCGAUGUGCUCACAGAUGGAAUAAGUUCUUGUUUUUGUUUACUUUAACAUUAUUUUAAACGGGAAGGGUCUGCAAUUUUUAAUAGCUUGAAUAUAAGAGUCCCUCUCUUCAAAAACGCACCAUUAAUCUCCUGUGCCAGUUGAUUUCCCUUUUUACCGAUGCUGAAAAACAGGGACGAGGAGGACGGGACAAAAAUGACAAAUCUGUGCCUAAAUUAAGGUUUUUAUUUUGAAGUGUUUACAUGAAGGAGCUUUAUUCAACAGUAUCCAACGACUCGGUUUCUUCCUGCAUUACAAACAUGCACACACACACACACACACACAUGCUUUAGUACAUGUUACGUAGACUCAUGGUUCGGAGGUGUAGAGUUCCUUUAAGGUCAGCUCAGUGGAGACACAUUCACAUUGACGAAUUGCACUAAACGUACUGUUGCUUAUUUCAGGAACUAUAUGAAUACGUGGCUCUCGCUAGGCUAAACACAAUGUGAAUAUUUGGAACAGAACCAAAAUCUAUUCGCCUGCUUUCAGCCACCUGCAACAAGGCGGACCUCUUAAUCACACUAGCGACCCAUCAAACUAGUCACACAGACGUAUAUAUAGUAGUGUUACUGUACUCAGCAAUGCUUUUUUUCUUGUGCUCAAGUCACAUUUUCUUUGGCAUUUUUUCUUUUGUACCUUAAAGGUAUGCGAGCCCCGACACAGACACAGGGACAGAUACUCGAUCUCAACCACUUUCUAUCAUUUCACCGUGUGUUUGUGUCAAGGGGAGCUUAGUCCUCAGAUUGAGGAAGUUAUGUUCCAGUAUGUUUUACUUUUUUUUGAAUUUUUAUUUCAUUUUUUUUUUUUUUUUUUUAGAAAUGACAUUAAAAAAGAUGACUGAUUUUGUUUGUUGUGAUGUGUUCCCCGGCUUUGUGAAUAAGACAACAUUGUUAUUGAUUGUAGGUACGUUGGUCUGCCUUCUGCAUAUCGAUCAUAUCCAGCAAUCGUGACAUGUCGAUCAGUGUGUGUGUGUGUGUGUGUUAGUCUGCACACACACACACACACACACUGGGCUGUGACUGUGUUCCCAUCUCGUCCUGUUGUUUGGUUGCCAAACUUCUGACUUCAUUCCCAAGAGUUCGCUCAGUCCCCCCGGGAUGUUUUUCUCACUUUCAUUCUGUUUCUUUUCAAGCGUUUCCCACAUUUCUCUCUCUCUUUCUCUUCCCACUCAGCAGCGCAACCAAAACUCAAACUAGGAGAGAGCGUGGCCUCGUCCAGAAUCACCGUCAGAUCUUUCGAUCUCAAGUCUUUGUGCUUUGUUAAAACAGCUCUGUAGUGUCUCCUCUGAAGCUGUGCCCCGAAAGCUCCCACUGUGAAGAGUUUUCAUUUAGUUUCAAUAGCACAAACGUAACUUACUGUGAUAUUUCAUCAUGAUAAAGAAUUAAUCCGAAAUAUUGGACAUGUAAUUCGGUUCCUUGUAGGGCCUUUUUGCAAAUCUACAGAAAUCUGCACUAUGGUUUUAAGCAAGAAAGGGGCAUUUUUUUGCCAAAACCAGCACAGGACCAAAGCUUAGGAUAAAUGUGUUCAAUGUUCUCAGGUUGAUUCUGGAUCGUGUCACCUUUCUCCUACAAUCGUGUCUGUGAAAUAUGUUCGCCAAUAGGCGACAGGAGCAGACUGAAGGCCUUUUACAUGGGUUGAUGGAGAACACAUCUUGUCUUUUUUUCUUUUCUUUUAAUGCCAGUGGCCAUCUCAGCCCGCCUGUAUCUCUGCCUCAACCCAUCUAGACCUCUUAUAUCUUCCAGUACACUCUGACAUGUAAGGGUCAUGAGAGUUCUUUUAUUUGCUCCUUCAAGUUGUUGCUGCAAGACGCUGUGCCUCUAUAGCACUUAAAUCCACGAGAAAGUCAGUUUAGGAGUUGCACAAAGUAGGGCAGUGUUGAGUGCUGGGGACACGUCGUGUUGUCCGGAUGCAUAUCAGUGUGUGAGGGCAGGAACAUCCUGUGCUUUUUCUCCCCCGUCUUCAGUUCAGAAAUGUUUUUUCUGCCUCCAUUUUCACUCUUGAUUUGUGUAGUUUGUUGUUUUGUACAAAAAUGAAAAGUGAAACACAAAAUAUUUAUAAUUUUUGUAUGGAGAAAAAAAAAAAGAAUGUAAAAAAAACAAGGAAAUGGAAAUUAUUUUUUAUUGUGUUGGCUAAGAAGAGGCAUCAAGAAAACCUGUUACAAAAAAAAUAAUGUAAUUUCUUCAUUUGUAGCUAAUGUGUGUUCACUACAGCAGCAAGGAGAGUCAACAAUAAAUUCAUUUUGAAUACGA